AUGUCUCUGACCAACGCCACGCCGCUCGAAGUCGCCCAGGCGGCAAGACUCGGGUCCCGGAAACUUGCAGUCUUGUCUACCGAGGAGCGCAAUGCCGCAUUGACAGCUAUCUAUGCCGCACUAGCAACUGGAAAAGAGGAGGUUCUGGCGGCCAAUGCGCAGGAUCUGGAAGCUGCGAACAAGGCCGCAGCAGGAGGCACGCUAAGUGCAAGUCUAGUCAAAAGACUGGAUCUGGGGAAGCCGGGGAAGUAUGAGGAUAUGCUGCAGGGAAUAUUGGAUGUGAAGGAUUUGGAGGACCCAAUCAACAAGACUACCGCGAAGACCCUACUAGAUGAUGACUUGGUAUUAUCAAGGAUAACAUGUCCUAUUGGCGUGCUUCUCAUCAUCUUCGAAGCUCGGCCUGAAGUCAUCGCCAACAUCUCUGCGCUUGCCAUCAAGUCCGGAAACGCAGCUAUCCUCAAAGGCGGUCGUGAGUCCAGCAACAGCUUCGCGGCCAUUGCAUCCAUCAUCUCCAAGGCUCUUUCAUCAACAGCAGUUCCAUCAGACUGUCUCCAACUAGUCCAAACGCACGAUGUCAUUGCCGACCUGCUAAAGCAAGAUACCUACAUCGAUCUAUGCAUACCCCGUGGAGGCAACAAACUAGUUCGCUACGUAAAAGAUACCACCACCAUCCCCGUUCUCGGCCACGCAGACGGAAUAUGUUCAACCUACCUCUGCGCUGACUACUCUGCCGAGAAAGCCACCAAGAUCAUCUUGGACGCAAAGGCAAGUUAUCCAGCUGGCUGCAACGCCCUGGAACAGCUUCUUGUCGAAGAAGCAGCCCUUAGCUCCACCCUGCCCACAGUUGCGGAAGCUCUGCUGCAAAAGGGAGUAUCACUUCGCUGCGAUCCCACCUCCCUGCUCGCGCUUAAGGGCAAGUUAGACCCACACUCCGCGACGCUACUUCAGGAAGCUGGGCCAGAAGACUACGACACAGAGUUCCUAGACUACAUCCUCGCCAUUAAAACAGUGACCAACGUCGACGAAGCCAUCAACCACAUCAACGCACACGGCUCUCACCACACAGAUGCUAUCCUGACUACCUCAGAAGCCACGGCAAAGACCUUCCUCGCAGCCGUCGACUCAUCCUCCGUCUACUGGAACACCAGCACACGCAUGGCCGAUGGACAGCGAUACGGCUUCGGUACUGAAGUCGGCAUCUCGACGAACAAAAUCCAUUCCAGAGGACCCGUAGGACUAGAGGGCUUAACGAUUUACAAAUGGGUCAUCGUUGGUGACGCACAAGUUAGCGCAGACUAUGGCGCUGGAGGCAAGCAGUGGAAGCAUCAACGACUACCUAUAGGUGACGAAGAAAGCAUAGCGAAGAACGACGAGGAGAGGGAGGUGUUGAGGAAGUUCAGAGCGAGUAAGGCUUAG